AUGAAUAAAGAAAAUUGUACGCUCGCACAAAAGAUCAAAUUUAACUCGAUCAAUCAAAGAAAUUUCAAAUGCAAGAUUGGUUGGCGGUCUUUUGGUAAUAAUGAACAUAAUGUUUGUACAACCUGUCCUAUCUUCUCUGCUCAAAAUUAUAACGUUACGGGAUUGAUUCGACAUUACGGAAUAACACAAGAUGCAACGACUAAAGAUUACGCAAUAAUAAGUCAAUACGUGGAUAUAAACGUUCAGACAUAUUUGAAUGAAAGUAAAUUACAAGCAAAAUCGCUAUGGUUGGAAAAGUUGGAAAUAUUAAUGGACAUUUCAACAACGUUAUUACAACUUCAUAAUAAGGGAUUGAUUCAUGAAAAUUUACAUACAAAUAAUAUAUUACGUAGCACGGACUAUAAAUCGUACAUAAGUGAUUUGGGAUUGACCCAUCCACCAAACGAGUUAAAUCCAAAGUAUUUAACGAAAUUUAAGGGUUGGUCUAAUAAUUAUGGAUUAGUAAAUUUUCUACCACCAGAAAUAAUUGAUGGAAAACCAUAUACGAAAGAAUCUGAUGUUUAUUGUUUGGGGUUGAUAUUUUGGGAAAUUUCGUUACAAAAACCAUUUUAUAAUUUAAAAAGGAAAGAGGGACUUCCUUUUAAAAUUGAAAAACCCGAAUUAUUUACAAAUGCUCAAUUACCUUAUUCGUUAGAAUUAUUAAUUAGCGAAUGCUGGGAUCAUAAUCCAAGUAAUCGUCCUACUGUUGGAGAUAUCCAUAAAAAAUUAAAUGAAUGGUGGAUGAAUUCUUGGAAUAACUCCAUGAAUAACAUUUUAAAUCCUCUUUUAGAUCCUUAUCGAUCUAAACUUACUUCUGCAAAAAAAUUUGUCCCGAUUUAUAUAUACGGUGUUCUGAAAAUUCCAAAUAAUGAUAAGGACCACUUUAAGUCCGAACAAUAUGACCACUUGAAAUUUAAAUAUCAAGAAAUUUUCGGAUCAACAAGCAAGCAAACGAAAAUUUCAGCAUUAAAACCAACAAAAUUAUUUAUAAAUGAACUCGAUUUAAAAAAAUUAAAUUUGAAAAAUCAUGAAAAGGAUGAUAAGAUACCUAAAUUUGAAUCUAAUAAUUAUUAUCUGCAUCAUUUCAAAGGUAAGAAUUGGUUAAUUCUAUUCUUCAAUAAUAUCGCUGUUUAA